AGACAAGACACGCCGCGCCAAGCGAAGGCAGAAGCGAAGGGCCUCCGACCGACCGCACGCCGCAAUCCACAACUUUUUACCCCACUGCCUUUCGACCCUGCUUUCGAACCAAGCACUUUCCAGUGCUUCGACCUCCCCUUGUCCUAUACAGAAACAACAACAACAACAAUGAAAAGGUUCUUCGACAAAAUCCUCCACCCCCGCCAGCAAGGUGACCCCUCCUCCCGCGUCGUCGUACCCCCCACCGGCGGCAGCCGCUACAGUUCCACCUACGAGGCGCAAUUCUUCACCGGGAAGCAGUUGGGGGUGGGCACGUUUGCUAUUGUGAAAGAAUGCACGCGGAAAGCGGACUCGAAGAAGUUUGCUGCAAAGAUAAUUGACAAAGCUCAACUCAAAGACCAACUCCACCUCCUUCGCGGCGAAAUCGACGUCCUCCGCAAAGUGCACCACACCCACAUCAUCAGUCUCGAAGAAUGUUUCGAGACCCGCACACAUGUCUACCUCAUAACGGAGCUGGCUUCCGGUGGGGAGCUGUUUGAUCGGAUAUUGCAGAGAGGGUCGUAUACGGAGAAAGAUGCCGCCGUGCUGGUUAGGCAGCUGUUGACUGCUAUUGAGUAUUUGCAUGAUAUGGACAUCGUGCACAGAGACCUCAAACCCGAAAACCUUCUCUUCCGUGACUCCUCCGAAAACGCCGACCUCAUGGUAACCGAUUUCGGCCUAUCUCGAAUGGUGCAGGAAGGCGCGUUCCUCCAAACCGCCUGCGGGACACCACACUACGUCGCGCCGGAGAUAUUGAAGCAGAAGGGGCAUGGCAAGGGGGUUGAUAUGUGGGCCAUUGGUGUUAUUGCGUAUGUGAUCAUGUGUGGGUAUACACCCUUCUGGGCGGGCCAAAACGAAUCCCACGCGCAGCUCUUUCACGCGAUUUUGACCUGCGAUUAUCAGUUUGACGAGGAAUAUUGGUGCGAGGUUUCUCAGCCAGCAAAAGACUUCAUAUCCUCCCUCCUAGUAGUCGACCCCACCCGCCGCGCCACCGUAAAGCAGGCCCUCGCGCACCCGUGGCUCUCCACCGACUCACAGGUGGACCUGAUGCCGAACGUGAAGAAGAAUUUCAAUGCGCGGCGCACAUUCAAGCGUGGUAUGGGUUAUCAUAACCUCCCCUGUUAUCUACCCCGGGAGGUCUCGUACUGACCCAUUCCAUCGUGUCGGCUUUUUUUUUCUCUCAGCCGUGAUUGCGAUAAACUCGAUCAAUCGAGCCGCUAAAGCUGCGAAGGACAUGUCAAGUUCGUUGAACCGGACGGAUUCGACGACGGAGGCGUUGGAGAAGUUGGCGGCGAUGCCGAGGGUCGAGGUGCCGGUCCCCACGGAUCCGACUGUGGAAGGCGGGGAGGGGGAGGAGGCUGUACCGUUGGGGGGU